AUGAACGCAACUACUCUCGACAGAUAUAGACUUCCAGAGUCGUUUUUCGAGCCAGAUGAAGAAGAAGAUUCAACAUUUCCAGAUGACCUCAAAUUGAUGAUAAGUUCUAUUCGUGUUUUCGGGCAUUUGGAGAAGUCACUCUUUAUCGAUUUCUGCAAAUUUAUCGAAGCUGUUCACCUCGAGAAGGACGAAUUUUUGUUUCGUAUCGGGGAUCCAGAUGAAUACCUUUAUGUGGUCAACUCAGGAAAAAUUCAAUUGUAUAUAAUCGAAAAUGAGACGUCCAAACGUAUCGCUUCAAAGUCGCAGCAGGUAUUUGCUGAACUUAUUGCUGAGAAAACGACGGAGCCCCCAAAUGUGACUGAGAACAUAACCAACUUCAGUGAUUUGUUUGUACGUUUGGAUGGCUGUAAAACCAGUGUUUCGGGUUUAGCGUUUGUUAUCAUUUUCGGUCCGGAACGUUUCGGAUGGCCAUCCAAUAUAGCAAUGCUAGUUUUAAUCGCUGCGGAGAAUGUUUCUCCAUCGUUUGAACCCGAACCGCAUCUAGGGGAUGAUCAUACAGAUGACCUGUCACCGAUUAUUAACGAAUUUCAACAUGAUUUCGAUCCAAAUGUUCGACGUGCUUCCGGUGGCGGUAUUUGUCUCGAGUUGGGUGAGGCUCCAUCCAGAGCUCGGAAGGAGAAGAGUGUCUUGAUUUCUCGACCGACGACCCCGACAAAAGAUCUUGAAGCACAGUACAAUCCAAAAAGUCUCCGAGAGACUACAGUUCCCGUUGGUGAGACACUAUCUUCAGGUUGUUCUCGUCCCGCUUCUCGGUGGUGGAACCUCGGAAAGGAAGCAGAUGCCAAACUUAUGGAAGCCGUUCAGGAGGACAUAUCCCAUCUUUUAAAUUUGCCAGGGCCUCAGAUGCUGAAGGACCAUCUGAUCUUGACUUCAGUGCCCAGUGGAACAACAUUGACAGAAGAAUGCGAAAUGCCAAAGGAAAUCUAUUUCAUUAUUUCGGGGGAGAUUCACGCUGUCCAGUCCAUCAGCAGUUUCGGUCCGUCUGAGAGUUCGACUCUGCUCGUAUGUUACCCUGGCGAGCUGGUCGGUUUGCUUGGUUUGAUCACGGGCGAGACCAACGUGUUCAGUUUGCAGACAACUGAUAAUAGUGUCCUCGCAAUCAUGUCACGUGACAGUUUCUUCGCUCUCGUUCGGCAACACCCGGAAACUCUUUUCAGCGCGAUCCGUCUUUUGGCUUCUCGUAUAUCUCCACUUUUGCAUCAGUUGGAUUUUGCCAUACAAUGGAUCACAAUUGAUGCUGGCAAGGCGUUGUACAAGCGAGGUGAUCCCGCCAAUCAUGUGUUCGUCGUACUAAGCGGUCGACUAAGACAAGUGGACAGUCAAUCAGACGGCGCUCGACGUAUAGCAGGAGAACUUAGCCGUGGAGAUUUGGUCGGUUUUCUCGAAGUUGUGUGUUCCCAAUCGAGAGUCCACACUGUUUUGGCGAUUCGAGAUUCUGAAGUGGCCCAAAUUCCAUCGUUGCUACUUUUCUAUCUGAAGGAGAAAGUGCCCCAAGUGUUGACCAGAGUUGUUAAACUUCUCUCAGACAGGUUGUUGGGGAACCUAACCAGUCAGAACCAGAUGAACGAUCCUCUAGGAUUGUCUGCCUUGGGUGCUCGAACUCGUCGCGGACUCAGUUCCGAGGUGUUUUCCGCCUCGUCCGAAAGCGAGGAUAUCACUGCCAACAACAAUUUCGCAAAAAUCACCAUGUCCAAUUUGCGUACUAUUGCCAUUCUUCCGGCGACCAGUGCGAUCAAUGCCGAAGCGUUCACCUUGGAGCUGCAGCAUUCCAUGACUCCCAUUGGUUCAUCCGUGCGAUUGACCUCACGUAUCAUCCGAAAACGUUUGGGUCCCACUGCGUUGGACAGUGUGAAUCAGUACCGGUUGAAUGCCUGGCUCGGUCUUCAAGAAGAUUUGCAUCGUAUGGUAUUUUUCGUCUGCAACAGUAGUCGUUCCUCUGCCUGGAAUCGUUUGUGCAUUCGUCAAGCGGACUGUGUCCUGGUUUUGGCACUCGGAAACUCUGAUCCUUCUCGACCAUCUCCGAUUGAAAUGACAUUGAAAAAUCACCCUACCAAAGUAGCCAAAGCGCUCGUUCUGAUGUAUCCACUUGACACGGACUAUCCGAUCAGUCGCCAAACUGCCAAAUGGCUUAAUGUUCGUCCUUGGAUCAGUCAUCAUUAUCACAUCCGCUGUGAACCGCGCGUCUUCACUCCUCGCAGUCCGGACGAUUUGUUGUCGUUCUAUUCCAAUGUGUUUGCUCGCGAGAAACCGAAUCCACUGUCCGAUUUUUCUCGACUCGCACGUUAUCUGACGGGUGAAGCAAUCGCUUUGGUCUUGGGUGGAGGGGGCGCUCGUGGUUGUGCUCACGCUGGUGUGAUACGAGCGUUUCAGGAUGCUGGAGUACCAAUUGAUUUGAUCGGUGGUACCAGUAUGGGUGCAUUUAUGAGCGCCUUGUGGGCGGAGGAAACUCGGUUCGCGCAGUUCACCCAACGGGCGAAAAAGUUUACCGACAGUUUGAAUUCCAUUUGGAACCGAGUGAAGGAUUUCACUUAUCCGGCCGUAUCAAUCUUUUCUGGCAAAGAAUUUAACGCUCAGUUGGAGAAAGUGUUUGGCGAGCGGCAAGUAGAGGAUUUGUGGAUCCCUUCGUUCUAUAUCACGACCGACAUUACCAAUUGCAAAAUGCGAGUUCAUACACAAGGCUCGCUUUGGCGCUAUGUCCGUGCCAGCAUGUCCCUUUCGGGCUAUAUGCCUCCAUUGUGUGAUCCGUACGACGGCAGUCUGUUGCUAGAUGGUGGCUAUACGAACAACGUACCAGCUGAUGUUAUGUCAUCCUUCGGUGCGAAGACUAUAUUCGCAGUCGAUGUGGGCGCCUCGGUGGACACAGACUUCACAAACUAUGGUGACCACCUGUCCGGUUGGAGUCUGCUGUAUCACCGCUUCUUCGGUUCUUCCAGUUCGGUUGUUCGCGUGCCAAAUCUGACAGAGAUUCAAUCCCGUUUGGCCUACAUUUCCUGUGUGCGUCAAUUGGAAAAGGUGAAAAAGAGCGGGAUUUGUCAUUAUAUGCGACCACCGAUUGAUCACUAUAUGACGCUGCAAUUUUCCGCGUUUGAUGAAAUUUUGAAUGUCGGGUACGACUACGCGAAACGCCUGCUUCUCAGCUGGCACGAAGACGAUAAGUUACGUCACUUAGUGCCCGGCCUUCGUCCCGGUCCACUGUUCGAGCAACCGCACCCGAAGGCUCAUAUUUUCCAAACAUAUUCUCGGCCCCAUUCGGUAGAUGGCUCGGUCACUCCAAGUGCAUUACUGACCCAAGACUUUGGUGGUCAACGAACUUUCAUUGAUCUAGCCGAGACGUUCAGCUCCUUGGAAGCUGAACGGAAAUUGCGCAUAUGUACUUCCGACACGGACGAUGAAUGCGCCGAGCCUCAUGGUAGCCUGAAUUCCGGGACUCAGAUCAGACCGACCGACAACAUGGAUUUGUUCAAUUCACUAAUGGGAAGGCCGUGGCGCAAACGUCCGGGCGUUCGAUCUCUUUCUGAGGCAGUUUAUUCGUACCUGAAUUCAGCCAGUCGGAUAGUUUCACGCAAUUUACCGGAUGGUGAAACUUUCCGUCGUCGUGCUCUGAGUGCCAGUUUGAAUGUCUCAUUGGCCGAGUCAAGCAGUUCACACGAUUCCUCGGAAGAAGCAGGCCACUAUUCGGACGCAUUGGACCACCCGUCGGCGGAUUCACAUCUACCUGUUCUAGCGGAGUUUUUGCACCGAAAACAAUCUGCCGAGGCAGAACAGACUAAUCACUCCAAUCAAACCGAGUCCAAUGCUGUGCAUGAAUCGCCACCGGAUAUGUCACACUUGUUCCCACCGCGAUCACUAAUAAGCUCUAUGCAUGACAAUGAUGAAGGCUAUCUUGAAGAUAAUGAGAGUGAUGCCGAACAUCCCUUGUCCCGACUGACCCUUGGUGUGAUGGAUUCUGACCCCGAGUUGAGCCACGAAGUGUUGAACGAAGUGGUUGACCGACGCACAUCACCAUCCUUUAUGAACCGACUGCGCUCAUCCAGUUUGGUUCGCCUCCCGAGCGAUCACCGUCUGGGCUUACAAACCGAUCGAGUAUUACCCAGUGAUCACGGUCUUUCGGAGAACGGAAACCGAAAGACAGAAAUAGUUGUACCCAGCUCCCGUCUUAUACUCGCCUCAGAUUCACACAACGGCUCCGUCCGCAAGCGCCGAAGACAUCACCGGAGUUCGCUUAACAGACUACAUCGAAAGAAUCAACCAUCCCCACCCGCAUCGGGUAAUCUAUGA